AGCGCUCGGCAGCCGAGAGAGAAAGAGGGAGACGCGGAGGAGAGCAGCAGCCCCACCGAUCCUCAAGCGAGAGAGAGAGGCACAGCGUCUGGAGCAAGAGCUGGGCGGGGAAAUAACUGCGGUACUCAAGAAAUACUUCAUUGCCGAACUGCAGCAAUUUGUCGGCAUCGCAACUUCGUCCGUGUAAAGCAAAAUGUCAUCGUCGGGGAAAGACAACAGCUCCCAACAACAUGCGAAUUACGUGGGACCGUAUCGCCUGGAAAAGACGCUUGGCAAAGGACAGACAGGCCUCGUGAAGCUGGGGAUCCACUGUGUCACAUGUCAGAAAGUUGCCAUAAAAAUUGUAAACCGGGAGAAGCUCAGCGAGUCUGUGUUGAUGAAGGUGGAGAGAGAAAUAGCUAUUCUGAAGCUCAUAGAACACCCCCAUGUUUUGAAGUUGCACGACGUCUAUGAAAAUAAGAAAUAUUUAUAUUUGGUUCUAGAGCAUGUGUCAGGUGGAGAACUCUUUGACUACCUGGUAAAGAAGGGCAGGUUAACACCCAAAGAGGCCAGGAAGUUCUUCAGACAGAUCAUCUCAGCGCUGGACUUCUGCCACAGUCACUCCAUAUGCCACAGAGACCUGAAGCCAGAGAACCUGCUGCUGGAUGAGAAGAAUAAUAUCAGGAUAGCAGACUUUGGCAUGGCUUCUCUACAGGUUGGAGACAGUCUCUUAGAAACCAGCUGUGGAUCUCCUCACUAUGCCUGUCCAGAGGUUAUAAGGGGGGAGAAAUACGAUGGCAGGAAAGCUGAUGUAUGGAGCUGUGGAGUCAUUCUCUUUGCACUUUUGGUGGGUGCUUUGCCAUUCGAUGAUGAUAACCUAAGGAAUUUGCUGGAGAAAGUGAAACUCGGGGUCUUUCACAUGCCCCAUUUCAUCCCUCCAGACUGCCAGAACCUCCUGAGGGGGAUGAUCGAGGUGGACGCCACCAAACGGCUCACGUUAGAACAGAUACAGAAGCACACGUGGUACAUAGGAGGAAAGAACGAGCCAGAACCAGAACAGCCGGUGCCCCGAAAAGUGGCAAUCCGCACGCUACCCUCCACCGAGGACAUCGACCCGGAUGUGCUGGAAAGCAUGCACUCGCUGGGCUGUUUCCGAGACAAGAACAAACUAAUGAAAGACCUGCUGUCAGACGACGAUAACCAGGAAAAGAUGAUCUACUUCCUGUUGUUGGACCGGAAGGAGAGAUAUCCAAGUCAUGAGGAUCAGAAUCUACCACCCAGAAAUGAGAUCGAUCCUCCCAGGAAGCGAGUGGACUCUCCACUCUUGACGAGGCACAACAAGAGGAGGCCGGAGCGCAAGUCAAUGGAGGUGCUGAGCGUGACAGAGGGCGGUUCUCCUGUUCCUGUGAGACGCGCCAUCGACAUGGCACAACACGGGCAAAGUAAAAGCUUGGAUAUCUCAGAUGCCAACCCCAUACUGCAAAGCAAGGAGGAGAGGUCCAGGUCCAUCAGCGGAGCCUCUUCUGGUCUGUCCACUAGUCCACUCAGCAGUCCUCGGCCCAUGCGGCGGUUCGCUGUUCCUCCACAAUCCUCAGACCUCACAUAUUCACCCAACCACAGCCCCACCCAUGCGCCUGUGGCUCGGCUAAACGGCACAGGCCCUCACUCCCCCAAAAUCUUUCUACCAAAGACAGCUGCCGAUCAACUCAACAACAAAACCCAGACCCUUCCAGCCAAGCCCAAAGUUGCAGACAAGCCCCUGCAGGCCACCAGGUCCAACCCGCUCCCUAACAGCACACCUGUGCCAUCUGUGGCCAAGUCUGAACCUUCUACGCCCUGCCAACCCCUGCCCCCGCAGAUACCCGGCAGCCCGAAAAUACGGCGUCCGCCGCUCACAGUGCCGCCCAAGCUCUCUGUUCCCCUUUCACCCCUUUCGCCCAUCCGGCUUCACCACCUUCACCCGCUGGCCGGGACUGACCACAACGGCAAAUCUAUCCCCACCAUACAGGUUACACCCCACCCCUCUCCCAGGGGCAGCCCAUUGCCAACUCCGAAAGGAACACCGGUGCACACGCCUAAGGAGAGCCCAGCCGGGACCCCCAGCCCAACGCCACCCCCCAGCCCCUCUAUUGGAGGCAUGCCGUGGAGAACACGUCUCAACUCUAUUAAAAACAGCUUCCUCGGCUCACCACGCUUCCACCGCAGGAAACUACAAGUUCCCACACAAGAGGAGAUGUCCAGCCUAACACCAGAGUCUUCCCCCGAGCUUGCCAAAAAAUCUUGGUUUGGAAAUUUUAUUAACCUGGAAAAGGAGGAGCAGAUCUUUGUGGUGAUUCGGGACAAGCCUCUGAGCUCCAUCAAAGCAGAUAUUGUCCAUGCCUUUCUCUCUAUUCCCAGCCUCAGCCACAGUGUGGUGUCUCAAACGAGUUUCCGGGCAGAAUACAAGUCCACGGCUGGCCCCACCGUGUUCCAGAAACCAGUGAAGUUCCAGGUGGACAUCACCUACACCGAAAGCAUGGCUGCCACCAAGGAGAACGGAAUCUACUCUGUCACUUUCACACUGCUCUCAGGUCCCAGCCGACGCUUCAAACGGGUGGUGGAGACGAUUCAGGCUCAGUUGUUAAGUACACAUGACCAGCCUGGUGUCCAGCAGCUGUCUGGCAGCCCAUUGAGUAACUUCUUUGACGUAAUUAAACAGCUCUUUUCAGACGAGAAGAACGGUCAGGUGUCCCAUCCGCCCGGUACGCCCAAGCAUGCCAACAGCAAGAGACAUGAGCCCGAGCCUAAUGACUCCAAAUGCCCAUCUGGCCAAGACAAAGCCAAGAUGGCGCCUUCAGUUGGGACACAGGAACAACCUUAAACCAGGAGAAACGCUAGCUUACUAGUUUUAAAACAGAAAUGAGGAUGAAAAGAAAGGACUCAAGCUGGUUUUAACCAAGCCUCUACAAACUUUUAUAUGAUGGAAUGAAAAUUAAAUAUCGACUCGACACUUUACAAAGGGGCAUACAGACACACUCACACGAACAUACUUGUUUUUUUUUUCGUCUACAGUGUUGUUUGUUCUUCAUUGCUUUAUGUUCUGUUUUUUUAUGAUGCCUUUAUUUAUUUCUGCUACCAGGAAUUAUCCAGAAAACGUGUUAAAGCCCAAGUCCUGCUCUUGCACAAGAUUCAUGUAUGGCACAUUGAUGGAGGGCACAUUACACAGGACGUGUAACUGAGGGAAACUCCUCAUUCUGAUGCAUCUAAACACGCCAACGAGAGCCGUUCCAACCUUUUUUCCCCUCCUGCAGCUACUGUACAUACAGCCACACAUUUCCAAGGAUUUGGAGCGAAGCCUUAAAGCGAAGAUGUUUAUGAAUUCUCUCUAUAAGCUGACCCACGAUGCAUAUUUAUUUUGUCCUUCUCUUUCUGCCAAUGCACACUCAAGCGUACACGCGGGAUGUUGCUACGAAAGGUACGGAACUCUGGACUUCAUAGCACACACGUUUGAGGAGUUGCCCUCCAGGAUCGUUGUUGGAUUGUAUUUCUUUUUCAAUGUAGUCUUUCUUUGUGAAAUGAAGAGUUUAAAACAUUUUAUGGACUCAGUGUCAUUGCUGUACAAGAUCCUAUUUGAAAAAUGACAGGACGGCUGGGGGAGUGGCGUCACGGUAAAUGAUCUAUUCUGUUGUACAGAUUGAAAAUAUUCCUUAUGUAACAAAUGUCUAUCAGUUCCAUCGCUUAGAAGAAUUUGUGUUGCCAUGUCCUGUUUUGUUUUUUCUUUCACGUAGCGUUCAUGAAAUGCUAGUUUUGAAUGAUGAUUAUGCUUAAUGUAUUCGAUGGGUUACUCCUGAUGUCAAUUUUGGAAUUGUUUUAUUUAUUUUAAUUUCUAUCGAGAAACAUCUGCAGGAUUCAGAGACUUUUACCCUUUUUUUUGUAACUUAUUUAUGCGUUUUUAAUUUAUUAAGCUGGGGAAUAUUUAUAUAUACAAAACCGGGUGGUGGAGAUUUUAUUGUCUGCAUCAGGGCGACUCGUCAGAUUGUCUGAAGGAUCUUGUGUUUUGUGUACGAUAACACUUAUCCGAUUUUGUGAAUGAAGCACUCUUUCUUUCCCGGCUUUGACCAGAUUAAAGAGCUUGUAGUAUAUGUUAAAUUAUUUACUGGUAAUUUAAGAAUGUAGACUAGCCUCUUUGGGGU